CUGACUGUUGCAUGCAACGGAGGUGUUUGAGCAGUGUGUGAUACCGAUUUUUACUUAUUCUGUUUUUUUCAAAACAAAAAUAUAACGUAAUAUAUACGUUUAAUACCUUUUAUAAAUAUUUGUCUGUUGUUAUUGGUUAAAUAAACAAUCAAUUACGGUGGCGUUAACCCGUUCCAACGGGGCGGCCAAAUAAUUCUUCCCUCUUCACGGAAGGAAGUAACUUAAUAUUUAAAAAAAAAAAAAAACAAGAUGAAAUCCGAAAUAUUGGCGACCGCCUUUUUGGGUUUGGCGGUUAGGUCGAUAAUCUCGCUGUAUCCCUACUCCGGACUCGAUGCCCCGCCGAUGCAUGGCGACUACGAGGCCCAGCGCCACUGGCAGGAAGUCACCGUGAACCUGGAGGUCGGCGAGUGGUACACAAACAGCUCCAGCAACGACUUGAUGUACUGGGGCCUGGACUAUCCGCCUCUGACUGCUUACCACAGCUACUUGGUCGGUCGCCUGGCCAAGUCAAUAGAUCCCCGGUUCGUCGAGCUGCACAGAAGCAGGGGAUUCGAGUCGAAGAAGCACAAACGCUUUAUGCGCGCAACAGUUGUGACUGCUGACGUCCUCAUCUAUUUGCCGGCUGUAUUGUUCCUGGUCUAUUGCAUAGACAAAACCUUCCAGAGCGAUGACAAGCUGUUCCUAUUCAUGCUGGCUGCUGCGUAUCCAGGCCAAAUACUCAUUGACAACGGACACUUUCAGUACAACAACAUAUCACUUGGCUUUGCCGCCGUGGCAGUUGCAGCUAUCUUGCGGAGAAGGUACUACCUGGCAUCGUUUCUCUUCACAUUGGCCCUGAACUAUAAGCAAAUGGAGUUGUACCACAGUCUGCCGUUCUUCGCGUACCUUCUGGGGGAAUGUGUGUCUCAAAAAAGCUUUGCUUCUUUUGCUGCUAAAAUUUCACGGAUCGCAGCCAUUGUCCUGUCAACUUUUGCUAUCUUGUGGCUUCCCUGGUUGACAUCUCACCAAGCAACGCUUCAAGUAUUAAAACGCCUUUUUCCGGUUGCCCGGGGAGUUUUCGAGGACAAGGUGGCUAACGUUUGGUGCGCCGUAAACGUGGUUUGGAAAUUGAAGAAACAUUUACUAAACGAUCAGAUGGCCCUCGUGUGCAUUGGAUGCACUCUACUUGCUGCCCUGCCCACAAAUAUACUCCUCUUUCGACGUCGAAGCAAAGUUGGGUUUUUACUGGCUCUUUUUAAUACGUCUCUAGCUUUCUUUCUGUUUUCAUUUCAAGUCCACGAAAAGACCAUCUUACUGGUCGCUUUGCCAUCGCUUUUCUUACUUAAAUGGUGGCCCUACGAAAUGGUUAUCUUUCUGGAGGUUUCCGUGUUCAGCAUGCUGCCUCUUCUGUCAAGAGACGAGUUGUUGGUGCCUGCAUUGGUGUCAACUGUCACUUUCCAUUUGUUGUUUAAAUGUUUUUACAUAAAUUCAAAAACAAGAAACGAAUACCCAGUGAGGUACUUUGCACAUGUAUCAAGCGCUCUAUUGGCUUUGAUUGUGGUAGCUUCUCUGACAAUCCCAGCCCCGUCCCGUUUUCCUGACCUCUGGCCCUUAAUUGUUUCUCUUGUAAGUUGCGGCCACUUUCUGUUAUUUUUCCUAUGGGGAAAUUUCCAACAAUUUAACAGCAAAAUAAGAUAGCAUUUAAGGCAAACAUACAGUAAGAAUAAAUGCAAUGAAAACAACAAAAA